AUGUCGCCGGUGAGAGUGCUGGUGGCAGCGCUGCUGGCCGUGUCCUGCGGGGGCGGCUGCUCUGCCUACUACGAGGCACCCCCGGACGGUCAGCGCCUGCUGCUGCAAGCUGCCCCCGCCGCCGCCCCCGCCGCCUCCGCCGCCGCCGCCUCCUGGCCCCACCAGCAGCGGCGACAGGCCAUCGACGAGUUCGCCGCAGCAGCAGCGGCCGCCGCAGACGCUCAGUACCAGGAUGAAGAGGAGGACGGUGCACGACGUGUGAAGCGCAUGGGCAUGGGCCCGUCGCUGUCCAUCGUGAACCCCAUGGACGUGCUGCGCCAGCGGCUGCUGCUCGAGAUCGCCCGCCGGCGGCUGCGUGACGCCGAGGAACAGAUCAAGGCCAACAAGGACUUCCUGCAGCAGAUCGGCAAGCGCUCUCCGCACGCAGGAGGUGCCGCCAACGACGCAGACGCCGACGCCCCGCCCUUCGGCCUGCGAGCCGCUGCAGAGAGAUCUGCAUCUGAUAUUUCGAAGGACUGGGCCAGUUCAGAUUCGCGCUGGAACAACCAAUUCACAGUGCGCCAGUCGUAAGCUAGUCAACUCGGAUCUCAUAAAAUUUGCUACUUCAUUGCCCUAACUGCUGGAGCUACUUCUUACAAGCAGUAUUUCAGGCACUACUGUGAGGGUGUUUUCUUGCAGUAACAUGCUUCACUUCAAAAAAAAAAAAAAAUCAUUCUGCCAUGGUAGCAUUGUAAUGGGAAAAA